UUGAUUGUUAAAGAAGGAAAGCACAAAUCUGAUUAUGGGUCUUCAAUGGAUGAUCGUCGGUUACGUUGUAGCAGCAGAGGCAGCCAUAGCGAUUCUCCUAACUCUUCCAUCGCCUAAUCUCAUCAAAUCUCGUCUCGUCUCCAUUGUUUCGCUCAUCCUUCAACCCGCCAUCUUCAUCGUCCCUUUCGCCGCUUUCCAGAUUCUAGAUAUCUACUGGAAGUAUGAGAACCGAUCAAUCUGCACCGGCGACAACUGCACCGCAUCUGAAAGAGAUCGCUACGACAAAUCGAUAUUCAAGUCUCAAAGGAACAUGAUCCUCUGUUCUUCAGCCUGUCUCCUCUACUGGUGUAUCUACCGCAUCUGUAUGUACAACAAGGAGAUUCAUAAUUUGGAGGAAGCAGAGAAGAGAAUUAAGGAAGAGUAGUUACUUACUUAGCUAGCUGGUCACAUUCUUAUCAAUACUUUCAAAUUUCACUUUCAUUUCAUUUCAUUCUCCUAUAAACUUGUCUCAUUCAAUCUAAUCUAAUCUAAUCUUGUCUUGAUCCCA